GAUGGAGGAGUCGCCCUCGGACUGCAAGUCGUGGAGGACAGCGCUCCUCGGCGGCGCGCGGAUCCUCCUCGACCGGUAUCUGGGGCGGACGCGCCACCAGCGGCGAGACGACGACGACGCGUUCAUGCAGCGGGCCAGCAGCUCCGUCGAGCUCCGUGAUGGGGCCACGCGCCAGCUGUCCUCGCCGGCCGAGGCGGACGCAGCGCGUGUCGAGGAUGAGGGGGGCUCCUCCGACGGCCGACGCCUGACGACGACGGCGGCGGCGACGACGGGGCCUGAAUUCUCCCUGCCGCCCGUGGAUAGGGGCAAGCAUGCGUGGUUUUUCCUGGUCGCGUGCGUAUUCAUCGAGGCCCUGACAUGGGGGUUCCCUUUUGCCUUUGGCGUCUUUCAAAAGUACUACAGCACCCAUGAGCCCUUUGCCGGCUCGUCGUCCAUCCCCAUCAUCGGCACCUGCGCCAUGGGCAUCAUGUACCUCGACCUCCCGCUCGUCAUGGGCGUGCAGCGUCUCUACCCGCGCUUCAGCCGGUGGUCGCCCGUCAUCGGCCUGCUCAUCAUGUGCCUCUCGCUGGCGGCCUCGUCCUUCUCGCAGAACACGACCCACCUCAUCGUCACGCAGGGCGUCUUGUACGCCCUCGGCGGCUCCAUCUCCUACUGCCCGUGCCUCCUCUACAUGGACGAGUGGUUCGUCAAGCGCAAGGGCCUCGCCUACGGCACCAUGUGGUCCGGCACCGGGCUCGCCGGCUUCGUCCUGCCGCUCGUCCUCGAGUACCUGCUCGGCCGCUGGGGGUUCCGCACCACGCUCCGCGUCUGGGCCGUCGCCCUCUUCGUCCUCACCCUGCCGCUCGCCUACUUCAUCAAGCCGCGCCUGCCCCCGACGGCGACUCGGCACAUUAGGCCGUUUCGGAUGGGCUUCGCGCUGCGCCGUACCUUUGUGCUGCACCAGGCGGCCAACGUGGUCCAGGCGCUGGGCUUCUUCCUGCCGGGCGUCUACCUGCCGACGUAUGCGACCUCGAUCGGCGCCGGCCCGUUCCCCUCGGCGCUGACGAUUCUGCUCGUCAACGUGGCGUCCGUGUUUGGCUGCGCGGCCAUGGGCUCCCUGACGGACCACCUCCACGUCACCACGUGCCUCGUCGUCUCCGCGACGGGCGCCGCGCUCGGCACGUUCCUGCUGUGGGGCUUCGCCACGUCCCUGCCGCUGCUCUUCGUCUACUGCAUCGUCUACGGGCUGUUUGCCGGCUCCUACACGUCGGCGUGGACGGGCAUCAUGCAGCAGAUGACGUCGGAGCCGGGUGCCGCCGGCAACGGCAACGGCGGCGAGGGCCGGCGGCAAGGCGGCACGUUUGACCCGACCAUGGUGCUCGGCGUCCUGUCCACGGGGCGCGGCAUCGGGAGCGUCGUCUCGGGGCCCCUGAGCCAGGUGCUCGUCGACGGGCUCCCCUGGCAGGGCAAGGCGCUCGGCGCGUACGGCUCGGGCUACGGGCCGCUCAUUGCGUUUACGGGGGCGACGGCGGCGAUGAGCGGGACUGUGUUUCUCUGGCGGAAGCUCGGCUGGAUGUGAGCGAAGUGCUGCGACGGUGACUUUAUACAGUCUGUCUGUUUGUAUGUGUGCCUUGCCUAAACCAAAGUGUGUCAUGUACCGAAUUACACUGCAACAUCACAUCGCCCGCGAACACGCUUCCCAGUUAUAGCCUCCCUAAAUAGAUCGAGUCUCAGCGCGUGUGUCGUUAGUUCAGGCCCAGGGCGGUGCGCCUCGACGUGCUAUUGGGGUCGAGGUACGGCCGCUCGCCGAGGCCGACGGCCCUGUUGCCAAACCGGUCGCCCUGGCCGUUGUAGUCGAAGGUGGCGCUGUGGAACACGCUGCGGUUGUCCCAGAUGGC